AUGAAGUUUCCCCUAUCAUCUCUGAGAAUGGCAGCCGUCGCACCACUGCCAUCAUCUGCAAAGAAAGAUGCAUCAACGUUUAACUCUGUAUCCCCUACUUCUACGUUCUCUGAUUCUUUUAAUCAAAAGUUUUUUUUUCUGAAACAAGGGUUUCAAAAGUCAGUGUCCUUACCUGCCUCUGUUUUUCUGCUUCUGGUGGAGCAGAUUGAGGAGCUGGCCUCGCUCAUCAAGGACAACCUCUACAGCAAGCACCUCGUCCUCUCCACCGAGGAGAUCCUCGUCACCCUCCUACAGCACAGCUACCUCGAUGACGACGAUGGACACGACCGCGCCACAACUGAAACAAGUCGCGGGGCAGCUGGGAAUACCAUAGAGCUCCAGCCCACCAGCUCCUACAAUCGCCUCCUUUUGCAUCGUCUCGCCGACAUAUAUGGGUUUGCUCACGAAUCUGUUGGCGAGGGUGAGGAUCGGCAUUUGGUUCUCCAGCGCUGCCCUGAGACAGCCAUCCCUCCCGUCCUUGUCAGCGAUGUGUUGUGGAAUUAUGACGACGGUGAUGGUCCUUCAGCCUCUCUCAUGCUAGCGAGAAAUGAGACAGAUCUUCAGAAAAUUUAUGAGCCAGAAAAUGUCCAAGACGCUAUUUCUCUUGAAAGCUUGCAUCUGAAAACUGAUACACCAGUUUCGAAGCCAUUGCCGCAGUUGGUGCCACCUUCAGCAGCAUCGCUUAAGGAGAGGGAAGCUGCUUAUCGGGCUGCUCGUGAGCGAAUCUUCUCUUCACAUGAAGCCAAGGGAAACGACACAUCAGCAGCAAAAUCUAGGCAUGUUCCUGCUGUUGCUCAACGGAUGAUCGCACACGCACUUGGUAAGAGAGUUGAAGAUCCAACAGAGAGAGCUGCCUUGGAGAAAAUCAAAGGGAAGGAACUGGUAAAUGGACGAACUAGUCCCACGAGUAAAGAAGCAGGGAAACACAACUCAAGCUCAUCUGGUGGUGGUCCGUGUCGGAACCCAUCUGCUCGAAGCCGUCCUACACCUACUGUUAGCGCCGAGACGCUCAAGAAAGAACAGACUGGAGCGGCUAAAAGGAUGUUUGCACAUGCGUUGCGGCUCCCUGGUGUUGAGAUGCCCAAUGGCGCGGCCCGAAAACCCAAGUAA